AUGUCUGGAUACAAGACAUUUGCUGUUGCUGGAGCAGGGAAUCUAGGCAAAUUUGUAGUCGAGGAGCUCCUCAGUAAAAAGAAUAGCGGGGUAAUAUCUUCAGUUAUUCUCCUGACACGCAAUGCAGACGAACGUAACGAACUAGUUGCAAAGGGAGCUAAGCCAGUCGUAAUCGAUUAUAAUUCCCUACCUUCAAUCCAGUCUGCUCUUUCUGGUGUCGAUGUCGUCAUUUCGACGCUUCCCCCCGUCGCUAACCAAGACGAUCUCGCCGUUGGUGCUAAGGCCGCCGGAGUAAAACUCUUCGUGCCCUCCGAAUUCGGGAACGUAACGGAUGGAUUUACUGAAGGAGUUUGGGGUAAGAAAGACGCACUAAAGAAGAAACUUAGGGAGGAGAUCAAGUUGCCCUAUGCCGCGUUCUACAAUGGGCCGUUUACCGAUUAUAUCUUCCAGAAGGGAGGUGUUGCCGAGAAGUCCGGGUUUGAUUUUGUUAAUGGAAAGAUAACGAUUCCGGGCUCUGGCACGACAGAAAUAUCCUGGACCACCCUACGUGAUGUCGCCAGAUUUGUCGCACAUGUGCUCACCGCACUUCCGAAGAAUAAGAUUGAGGGGCGUCACUUCCGUAUUGAAGGUGAUAGAGCCAACUAUAACCAGAUCGUUGACGCUUGGAAGGCACGUACAGGGAAGGAUAUAACAGUCACUUAUCGCCCACGCUCGGAGUUGGAGAGUGCCGUUGCGAAAAACCCGCAGGACUUUGUCUCUUUCCUCUUCUUGCAGUGGGAUAAAGGAAACGGUGUUGCUGGGAAGCCAGAGGAGCUGGACAACAAGGAAUUCCCGGAUUGGAAACCUCAGAAGGUCGUAGAUGUUCUUGUCGACAUUUACGGGCAGUGA